CAGUUCGAUACUCAUUACUCUGUAGUACCUAUCCCUAAACUCAAACAGUAACAAGCAGAAGAGAGAAUCUUCAGAGGAGAUGAAAGAAGAAAGGCGGAAUCGUAAACGGAAGAGAGGAAAGGUUCACAGAAAAUCGUCUACGCCGGCCGUAGACGAUCCUUCUAAUCUCUUCAGCGGGAAUCAAUGUUCGGUUUCGCAUAUGGCGAUUUCAAAAGCUAAGAAACCUUCGUCUUUUCUCGAUAAGAUGAAGGCGAGAUUAUCAGGAGGCCACUUCCGUAUGCUUAAUGAAAAGCUCUACACUUGCUCUGGAGAUGAGGCGCUCAAUUAUUUCAAAGAAAAUCCGGAACUUUUUAAUGUGUACCAUGCAGGGUAUCAGGAGCAAAUGUUACAUUGGCCAGAACAACCUGUUACUAUAAUCACAAAAUGGCUAAAGGAUCAUAGCCCUUCAUUAAUUGUUGCUGACUUUGGCUGCGGAGAUGCACGGCUGGCAAGGAGUGUGAAGAACAAAGUUUGGUCCUUGGAUCUUGUCGCACAUGAUCCCUCAGUAAUUGCUUGUGACAUGUCAAAUACCCCUCUAGAGUCCUCGUCAGUUGAUGUGGCCGUCUUUUGCCUUUCAUUGAUGGGAACCGAUUAUCCAAGCUUCCUUAAGGAAGCGCACAGAGUUCUUAAACCCAGGGGGUGGCUUUUGAUAGCAGAAGUUAAAAGCAGGCUUGAUCCAAACACUGGAGGAGCAGACCCAAACAAAUUUAUGAAGGCUAUUUGUGAGCUUGGGUUUACCAUCGGGUCAAAGGAUUUCUCUAACAAAAUGUUUGUGUUGUUCUACUUAAAGAAAAAGGACGAACAGGAUUCAGUAGACAGGGAGAUUAAUUGGCCUGAGCUCAAGCCUUGUAUAUAUAAGCGGCGCUAAGCUUGGCCACAAUAUGGUCUAAGAUUUUAGUGUAGUCCCUGUUGAUUCCGGAGAUGAGUUUAAACUUGUUGCUAGUUUCAACCCGUGCUGCCAAAAAGGAAAGUGUUCUGCUCAAUUUUGCUACUUUCUAAAGCAAGGAAUGAGAACGUCCUAUGUGCCUUGUGGAAAGAUCAGUGUUAUUAGAAGCAUCGUUUUAAAGAAGUUUGCACUUCAAAUUGAUCCUACGAGAAGUAGCUUAUUCUUUGAAUCUCAACUUUGAGAAAAUUCUUUUGUAUUGGCAUUAUCGUAUAUUGGAUUUUGAAAUUGUAGUAAUUUUAUUUGUUUGAAGAUUAUAGUUUCAAAUUAAUAUAAUUUUUUG